AUGGUUAAGUCGUUGCUUAGGCGUCCUUCUUCUACACCACACUCUGCUUCUACGUCUAAUUGUUCCUCACGUCACUCGCUGCGAUAUGACCUUUUGCGCGCUGUAGGUGGCGAAAGGAAGUGCAUUGCGUUUCCGGAGCAGAGUUCGUACAGGACGUCAACUGUGGGUUGCAAUCUAGAAAUCAGUGUCAAGCCAGCCGCGAUCGCUUUUCCUCGAAAGGUUCAGCACAUUCAGGAUCUCGUAACGACGUCCGCCAAACACGGGUUGAAUGUCCAAGCUAGAAGUGGUGGCCACAGUUACGGUAACUACGGCCUCGGAGGCAUGGAUGGCGCCAUAGUGAUAGACCUGAAAUAUUUCCAAUACGUCUCUGUAGACCACAGUACCUGGAUCGCCACCGUUGGUGCAGGUGCUCGUCUUGAAGACGUAACCAAGCAAUUAUACGCAAAUGGCCAGCGCGCGAUGGCCCACGGGACAUGCCCCUCUGUCGGAAUUGGCGGACAUGCCACCAUUGGUGGACUUGGCCCUACGUCCCGCCUUUGGGGAGCAACCCUUGACCACAUUGAAGAGAUGACUGUCGUUCUUGCAGAUGGCAGAUUGGUCGAUGCGUCAGCCAAAAAGAACAAGGAUUUAUUUUUUGCGCUGCGAGGGGCAGCGUCCAGCCUUGGAAUCGUAGUCGAGUUCAAAUUUCGAACCAGGCCAGCUCCGCAAGAGGCUGUCCAGUUCUCAUGCUCGCUGUCUGGAAGCUAUUCGUCCAUGUCCGGCUCGCUAAGGGAUUGGCAGGCCAUCGUGACGGACCCGUCGCUAAAUUGGAAGAUCUUCUCGCAGGUCAUCAUCACCACGCUGGGCAUGAACAUCACGGGCACAUAUUUCGGCAGCGAAGAAGACUUUAAGCUCGAGCCCUUCGCCCAGCGUUUCAUUUACGCGAAGCCAAAGCGGCCGGCACCGAAACGGGCGAGGAGCAGUGGAUCUCUGAGACGGAUUUUCAAGCAUAACGGCAUGUUACAAUCGACCAGGCGAGAACCCACAACCAGAAUCAGCGUCCAAGUUUACAAGGACAACUGGUUGGGCCUGAUCAGAGAGUGGGCAGGUGGGCGCUUUCUUUCCAAGCUCCUAGGCCGUCCGAGUCACUUUUAUCACAAAAGCUUGACAAUCCAAAAGAGCCAACAAAUUGAGGCCGGGGCGAUCGACAGACUCUUGACUUACCUCGAUUCCGCAAAAAAGGGAACACCCAUGUGGUUCAUCAUCUUCGAUCUAGCGGGUGGAGCAGUAAAUGAAGUACCGGUGGAUGCAACAGCCUUCCAACACAGAGAGGCAACGAUAUACUGUCAGUCGUACGCAAUCUCACUUGGCCGAGUUUCAGAUUCGUCGAAAGAAUUCAUCCGCACUGUGAAUGAGAUAGUGGAGUCGGGGAUUGGUAGCGGAAAGAACAACGGCAUAUAUCCAGGCUAUGUCGAUCCGGAGCUGAAGUCUGCACAACGACAGUAUUGGGGUGGGAACCUUGAGCGGUUAGAGGGAAUUAAGAUGAAGUAUGAUCCAGGAGACUUGUUUAAGAAUCCGCAAAGCGUUACGCCAGCGUAUGCGCAGUCAUUAUCAUAA